AUGAAGUACGGGCCGAUCAUGUACUUGCAGCUCGGCAAAGUCCCGACCAUAGUUGUUUCCUCGGCCGUGAUGGCCAAGGAGGUGAUGAAAACCCACGACCUAGUGCUUGCAAACCGCCCUCAAAUCUUCUCUGCCAAGCACUUGUUUUACAACUGCACGGACAUGGCCUUCUCUCCCUAUGGCACUUAUUGGAGGCACAUAAGGAAAAUCUGCAUACUUGAAUUGCUUAGCGUGAGAAGGGUUCAGUCAUUUAGUCAUGUGAGGAAGGAAGAAGUUGCCCGUUUAGUUCACAGGGUGGCAGAGUCCUGUCCAGGCACCAUAAAUCUAUCUAAAUUACUGGCGUUGUAUACGAAUAACGUGCUUUGCCGGAGUGCUUUUGGGAGGGACUUUUCAGCAGGAGGGGACUACGAUAAGCAUGGGUUCCAGAGCAUGCUGGAGGAGUUUCAGGAGCUGCUUGCGGGAUUCAGCAUAGGAGAUUUCUUUCCUUCCUUGGAAUUCGUUCAUAGCCUGACCGGGAUGAAGGCUAGACUUCAACACGCCUUUAAGCGCUUCGAUCCUUUUGACGAGAUACUGAGCGAACAUUCGAAUGAAAGCAAAGCUACGGAGGCGCAUAAGGAUAUUGUGGAUGUUCUGAUCGAUAUCGAGAAGAACGGUUACGGUGAUAUGCCCCUUACAAGGCCUAACAUCAAAGCCCUUCUCCUGGUCGGUGAAUCAUUCUCCUCUAUCUCGAAGUUCCAUUUAAGUUUUUCGAUGAUAGAUCUGAUCGUGGGAUUUUUCACGGGCGGAACAGAUACAACAUUCACAGUUCUUGAUUGGGCAAUGACAGAGCUUGUCAUGAAGCCAAAAGCCAUGGAAAGAGCACAAGUGGAACUGCGAAGCGUCAUUGGAGAGAGAAAAUACGUGCAAGAGACCGACCUACAUCAAUUGUCUUACUUGAAGGCUAUCAUCAAGGAGGUAUUUCGACUGCAUCCUCCUGCUCCUAUGUUAGUCCCAAGGGAAUCCAUGGAGGACAUAACCAUUGACGGAUACUGCAUUCCGGCAAAAACGCGUUUCUUUGUUAACGCUUGGUCAAUAGGUCAUGAUCCGCAAUCGUGGGUUGAUCCUGAAACAUUUCUACCAGAGAGGUUUUUGGAUAGCACCAUUGACUUCAAGGGACAGGACUUCGAGCUGAUACCAUUUGGCGCAGGCCGAAGAAGCUGCCCAGCUAUUACAUUUGGAAAUGCCAGUAUUGAGAUUGCUUUAGCUCAACUUCUUCACAGUUUUGAUUGGCAACUUCCUCCUGGUGUACAAUCACAAGAUCUGGAUAUGGAUGAAGCUUAUGGCUCCACAAUGCAUAGGAUUGAAAACCUCGUUGUAGUCGGCAAACCCCGCUUCACCUAG